AUGGAAAUCGAAUUGGAAAAGAAAUUUCAACGGGCAAUGUUAUUAUAUUCCCAAUUGGAUAAUGAAAAGUCUUCUCUUUUGUAUGAAAUUGAUUUAAUGAAGAAUGAAAUGGAAGAGAAGGAUCAGAUUUUGUAUCAGGAUCGGCAGGGUACAACCAUACAAUCCUUUUAUUAG